AUGCUGCAAUCGCCAACCGUGAAGAUGCACAGCCUGCCACCGUCGUCCCGUCGGAGAGCCGCCGCCGUUGUCCCGUCGGAGAGCAGCUGCGCACAGUCCUUAGCCACCACCAGUCGCCUCCGACCGACACCUCAGACAGGCGCAACACUUAGCCACGCCCACAGCCACCGCUCGAUCUCGCUGCCAACAGCCGCUCGCCUUGCCGUCGCGACAGUCACUCUGCCCGUCACUGAUGUGCGGCGGCGGAGGGUGAAAUCUGUGGCAGAGGCGGGUCUGUGGGCAGACAGACAACCGGAGGAGAUGGUGGAUGGAGCUGUUGGUUGUUACGGGAUGUGGUUCUGGCGGAUUCAGAGAUGGCAGAGAAGCAAUUUGUGA